AUGAGCGCCAGUGCUGUCGGAUUUUUUUUAUUUUUAUUUAUUGGCAUCCCAACUGGACCGGCUGUCACUGCUGUAAUAAAGACGUAUAUCGAACAGGGAGAAAGCAACGUGGUAUUACUCAAUUGGGACUACUUGGCGUCUAAGCCGUUGCCAAGUUUGGCCAGUUCGUAUGUUAAUUUCGCGGUUCCAAAUGCCAGGCAGCUGGGAGUCCGUUUGGCGUCAACGUUCUUAGAUCUUAAGGAGUCUGGGAUGGACCUCAACAAAACGCAUCUGAUCGGUCAUUCUUUAGGUGCACAUAUAUUGGGUAUAGCUGGCAACCAUUUGGCCGCGAAAGGAGUUCUAUUGCCAUGGAUAACGGGUUUGGAUCCAGCGGCAGUCGGAUUUGAAAAUAAAGCUGCCAGAUUAUACCAGGGAUCAGCGCUGUUUGUUGAUGUCAUCCAUACUGAUCCAAAUAAGUAUGGCACUAGUAUGCCAUCGGGGACUGUUGAUUUUUGGCCAAACUUCAAAUCCGGAUGGCCGAUUAUUCAACCUGGAUGUGGAAGAAAACCUGCACCUGCUCUAUCAAAAGAGGAAUCAAUUUCAGACGAGCCCUUACAAGCGUACCGAGCUAUCAAGAUACUGAAACCCACGACCGAUCUAAGUGGGAACUACACUUGUGUAGUAUCAACCUUCAUAGAAGAAGACCGUCAGACAAGACCCAUGCUUGUAUACAGUCCGGGUAGAAAUUUUAAUUUUGUUCAGGAGAAGAAGUAUGUGUUUCUGGUAACUUUGAUAUGCACGAUAGAAGAUGUUUACCCAAAGCCAGAAGUAGUGAUAACAGCUCAAGGGAUACCUUUAAAGCAAUCUGUGUCGGAAAUGAAAAUGGACUCAUGGGGGCUAUACACAGUGACCGUGAAGACAGUAGUCCAUGAUGAUGACGUCAUCACACCUUCCCAAGAAUACGUGUGUACCUUAAGUAUACCGUCAGCAAAUUAUACCAUCUCUAAAACAACUACCUACUAUCCAGGUCUGAUGCCAACAACUUACAUAGCAGCCUUUGAAAUUCAGAAGCCUCAAGAACGUCAAGCCAAUGGUAUGCAAUAUCACACAAUACUAACAUAUAUAUAUAAAAUAACCUUUUAA